AUAUAUGUAUAUAUGUAGAAUUUUAACAAGUGUCUAGUCAAGAACGUACUCUAUCUACUAGCAAUGCAUUUGUCGGUAUUUUUUUGUAUUGCACCACUGAAAUUUCGUGAGUAGUCCACGCCGUCUGACUAAAUUAAAUUUAACUGCUUAGUUGAUUUGAAAUAUAUAUGCUGUACAAACAACGCAUAUAUUUAUAUAUAAUAUGACAUAAAAAAAAUUGUUUAACAUAAUUAUUGAAUUACAUAAUGAUUGUAAAUAAAAAAUCGGCAUCUAAAUAUUCUAGAGUGUUCAAUAAUUAAUUAUUUAAAUACAACAAAACGUGUGUAACAUUACCGCCGCCAUUGCGCAUUCUAAUAUAAUUACGCAAGUACUGUGUUAUUAAAAAGUCAACAAUGGCUAGUUAUGUCACAAUGGGUUCAACACGACAGUCUGAUGAAACAAUGGAGGAUGAUAAUGAUGAUAAAGAUGAUACGAAGAGGAAGUCACGAAAUUUGAGUGAAAAGAAAAGACGAGAUCAGUUUAAUAUGCUGGUCAAUGAGCUGGGUAGUAUGGUCAGUACCAAUACACGUAAAAUGGAUAAAUCGACGGUUUUAAAAUCAACAAUAUUAUUUUUAAAAAAUCAUAAUGAAAUUGCCGUACGUUCACGAGCCCACGAGAUCCAAGAAGACUGGAAGCCGUCAUUCCUCUCAAACGAAGAGUUCACUCACCUGAUACUCGAAGCAUUGGACGGAUUUAUAAUGAUAUUUUCAUCAAACGGUCGCAUUUACUACGCAUCCGAAAGUGUGAGCUCGCUUCUGGGCUACCUGCCUAGUGAGCUGACCAACUCAAGCAUCUACGAGAUAACUUACGAAGAAGACCAGUCGCUUCUUUACAACAUUCUCCUUAACCCCAGCCCGGUCCUCGACCACCACCAAAUAAAAGAAGAGCACCAGGUCUCCUUUACCUGCCACAUAAAACGCGGAAGCCUCGACCUCCAAGAAGAGCCGACCUAUGAACGGGUUCGUUUCGUCGGUUACUUCCGUUCGAACUCAGACAUCGAGUCCCUUUUGCCCAGCAAUCGUUACUCCUCGAGCACCAGCGACUCUAAAGUCAUUUUCGUCGGCACCGGACGUCUACUUACCCCCCAUUUAAUUCAAUACAUGUCACUAGUGGACAGUACCAAGCUAGAAUUUACCUCACGCCACAGUCUCGAGUGGAAGUUUUUGUUUCUAGACCAUCGGGCGCCUCCAAUAAUCGGGUACCUGCCCUUCGAAGUUCUCGGCACUUCCGGCUACGAUUAUUACCACGUCGAUGAUCUGGACAAAGUCGUCUCUUGCCACGAGUCUCUGAUGAAAAAAGGCGAAGGGACUUCAUGUCACUACCGUUUUUUAACGAAAGGCCAGCAGUGGAUUUGGCUUCAAACCCGAUUCUACAUUGACUACAAUCAAUGGAACUCAAAACCUGAGUUCAUUGUCUGUACCCACAAAGUUGUGAGCUACACUGAAGUACUUAAACAAUUGAAAAAACUAAAAGAUGGGCCUAAUCAAGAGACAACUGAAUCAAUAGCUGCAGCAGUGAUGACACCUUCUGCAACAAAACAAACACGUUCAUCAUGGUCACCAAAAUCUGGCCGCACUAAAAUCACUUCACAAAAUAUUUACCGAGGUACUGAAGCAGAUACUUCGUCUUUGUCAAUUAGUCCACAAAGCUUACGACAAUCUGUGUCGGCGACACAAAGUCCUAAAUCUAAAAUACUAGCAAAUGCUGUGAAAUCUGGCCCAGGACUUAAUGGACAAAGACUCGGACUAAAUGGACAAGGAACGAUAGUUAAUGGACAAGUAACAUCUAGUAGACAGGAACCAGGAGUUUGUGGCCAAGCUCCAGAGUCUAAUGAACAAAAUCUUGGCUCUGGUGGACAAGGUCUUGGAUCUAGUGGACAAGUGCCAAGAUCUAAUGGACUAGGGCCAGAGCUUAGUGGACAGGGGCCAGGUCCUAGUGGUCAAAUAUCUAGACCAGGAAGACAAUUAGCUAUUGAAUUAGUCCCCGAUGAAAUUUGUAAUAAUUAUAUUGAACCAAAUUAUACGGAUCCAAUAAUAUCUGCAGUUCCAUCUACAAAUUUUUUAUCACCAGCACCACCAGUUACCGUAACAUUACCCAGUACGAUGAUCGUUAAUCCUCAGUCAAUAACAACAGCAAUUUCACAAAAUCAAAUGCAGUCGGAGUUGCAGCGAAAGCAUGAAGAGUUACAGCAACUGAUAGUGCAUCAGCAAGAAGAACUGAGACGUGUUUCCGAACAAUUAUUGAUAGCGCGUUAUGGUAUUUUAUCACCGCUUAUAAAUACCAAUUUGCCCCAAUACAACGGGGCUGCUGGGAUUGGUAGUGUCGGGAGUGUCAGUGUGACCGGUGCGUGCCAAGGUAAUGAAGAAAGAACUGAACUUACUAGUGUCAAUGAUGUGAGCAUCAAUAUUUUGCCAGUACCAGUUAGUAUCCCAGUACCGGUUAGUGUCCCGGUACCCAUUUUACCCAUGCCCACUUUCCCCCGUUCCCCGACAGUGAUCCCGGUCGCGCCGAUAGUUAUUCCGGCCCAGGUUACUGACAACACAGCGACUGUGCCAUUUAUUAACCAGAGACUUCUCCAGGAGCCGAGACACGAAGGGAUCCAACAUUCCCAGCAGGCCCAGGGACGAGGACUGACUGAUGCUGGGGAAAUGAUCAAUUACUCAAUUGGCCAACAAGAUAUUAUUUACAACAAUGCCGAGGCUAGAAAUACCCACAGAUCGAUGAUUAAUCAAUAGCUGGUUAAUUAAUUAAAUUUAUGUGGCCAAAUAAUUUUUUUAUGUCGGUAUGAAAAGGUUGAUAAUUAUCGUGGCCUUAAUGAGUGGAGAUAAAAAAUUUUAAAUGAGAUUUAUUAAUAUUAUUUUACACAUAUAUAGACAAUACUUAAAUAAAUUUAACAAGUAGUUAAUUAAAUUUUGUGCUGAUUAAUUUUAAAUUACUGUUAAUUAUCCCAUCGAUGAACUAGAAAUUGAUGGAAAAAAAUUUUUUUUAAGUAUUUAAUAAGUCGGGAAAAGUAAUUUAGGUCUUCAGAAUUAGAUUUUACGGUUACGUGCGUUAAUAUCCCCGCACAAAAUAUCCCCGGACAUAAUAUCCCUGCGACAAAAUAUCCUAGGAACAAUAUAUCUCUGUGACGAACUAUAAAAAAAAAAUAGUUUUAUUAUUAGAUUCGGUCCAUUGCGGAAAUUUCAGGGAUGGCCUGCAAGGUCUAUUGCUUUCUCUUUGCCUAUUUAAGCAUAUAAAUAAAAAAUUUUCAAUUAAUUAAAAACAUUAGUAGAGAACAUUAAUUAGCUUAUUAUCGUGCUGUGCCCUUUUUUCGCGGAUUUUGUGUGUGUUUAUUUGGAAAUAGGCCAACACAUAAGCUUGUUAUCGUGCUGGGCCCCAAACACGUCACACCCCGAGAUUGGGAUUUUUCUUCCAUCACGAUAAAAACUAUUGGAUGGCAUUCCAAUACAAUUCUUUAAAUUUUAAAUUUCAAAUUCUAACAAUAAUAUAUUUACAUUGAAACUUAUUUAUUAAUAUGAUUUUUGAAAGAAAUUUUGAACUAUUGUGAUAUUUUGUCGGGUGAUAUUUUGUCGAGAUAUUAACGCGUGUCACCAGAUUUUACAUUAACUUUGGAUAUAAUUUUUUUUUUAUUUCGAUCUCUGUAGAUCUCUGCACUAAAAAUCGGGAGUGAAUUCGGAGUGGGUACGAAUUUUAUUUAAAUCCGAAUUCACUCCGUAUUUAAUCCGCGUUCACUUUGAAAAUUUUUUACAGUCUGAAGAUCGAGAUAAAUUUUAAAUUUUAAUUUUGAAAUUUAUGAAAAAAAUUUUCAAAAAAAUUGAUCUCUGGAUCUGAUAAGAUCUAAAUUUUUUUUUUGAAGACGAAAGAGAAUCGCUUGACUUAUAAUUAAAAAUAAAAUAAAUUGGGACCAAAGUAUGUGUAAUUUUUUUUGAAAAUUUACUUAUACUUUUUUUAGGAUAAAAUGAUAAAUAUUUUAUGAUAACUUGUAACGGCAUAGAGAUGAAUUCCAUAAUUAGUACAAAUCUUUAUAUAUUUAAUAUGAUCUCUGACUAUUAGAAUAAUUUAAAAAUAUAUAUGUAAUAUAUACAUAAGUGUAAAUAUAUAUAUUUGUAUAAGUAUUUAUAUAUUUUAAAAUUUAUACGGUACUCAUAUUUAAAAUGUUAUUGAUAACAAA